AUGGGUUACUCUCGGAAGAGGCAAAGAUUUUUGGUGAACCAAGGUUAUGCGUACAAGGUUGUCAAUAGAUUGCCUGGUAUGGAAAAAGAAGAUCUCAAACUUGGGACCAAGGAAGCACAGUUACAACUUUUGCAACAAGUGCUUGCCGCGUCGGAUGCGGACGCCGAAGAAGAAGAUGUGAAAGAAGAGAUGGCUGACGGAACCAUCAAGGUUAGUAGAAGAGACUCCACGAUGGCUUCGGUGUCAGGUGGCUCCAGUGUUUCGUACGCAAGCAGGUCUAAGCAAUCACUAGCCGAUCGACACCCGCUGUUCAAGAGGUUUCGUGAUAAGUGA